UUACUAUAAAAUCCAAUAAAGUGAAUCAGAAAUGGUUUGCUACUAGUCUGAAAAUACUUUACCAACCACCACGAUAUCUGCACUGACUAGUGUUGGUAUUUAGAUCAAGUUUGUAGUUCCUAUGAAGUCAAUAGAUGACAUCAAUCUCCAGGAUAGUCAGGCCACACGUGAAGAAAUUGACAAAGAAGAAAUUGUAACUGCAGAGACAAAUUUACAGUCAGAUAUAAACGCUGAGGAUAUGGAUGGUGCUUCAAAGAAAUCUCAAACCUAUAUUCCUAAUAAAAGAGUCAAGUAUGGGAAUAUUAAAUAUGUUAGUCUUGCCAUAUUAACUAUUCAAAAUGCUGCGUUAGGUUUAAGUAUGCGAUAUGCACGAACAAGAGAUGUAGAAAUGUUUGCAUCAACUGCAGCUGUAGUUAUAGCAGAAGUACUAAAGCUAGUAAUAUGUGUUGUUCUUGUAAUAAAUGAAUCAGGUAAUAUACAGAAUGGAGUACAAACAAUGUAUACUACAGUAAUAUUAAAUAUUAAGGAUACUCUUCGUGUUUGUGUACCAUCAUUUUUGUAUGUAAUACAAAACAACUUACUUUAUGUCUCAGCCUCUAAUUUAGACGCAGCUACAUAUCAGGUUACAUAUCAACUUAAACUACUUACAACUGCAUUUUUUGCUGUAUUAGUUUUAAAGAGAAGAUUAAAAAAAUGGCAAUGGGGUGCUUUGGGGUUAUUGGUAGCAGGUGUUGCAUUGGUGCACCUCUCAUCAACAGAGAAGGCUAAAAGUGCAACCUCAGAUAACUUACACAAUCAAUCCAAGUUGCUUGGGUUUGGAGCAGCUCUAGCAGCCUGUUUUAUAUCUGGAUUUGCAGGCAUUUAUUUUGAAAAAGUUCUCAAGGAGUCUGACAUAUCAGUAUGGAUGAGAAAUGUGCAAUUAAGUUUAGCAUCAAUACCUUUUGGAAUUAUUACACAUGUUAUUAGUAGUGGUACAAUCACAGACUUGUUCAAAGGUUUUGAUGGCUUUGUGUGGUAUUUAGUUGUCCUACAGGCCGCCGGUGGUCUUAUAGUUGCAGUUGUAGUGAAAUAUGCUGAUAAUAUUUUAAAAGGAUUUGCGACAUCUGUAGCCAUCAUAAUAUCGUGUAUAGCGUCAAUAUACAUAUUUGAUUUUCAUUUAACAGUACAGUUUGCUGCAGGCACUGUAUUUGUCAUUGGAUCAAUCUUCCUGUAUGGCUAUGUGCCGAAGAAACCGGAAACACGAACAUCAUUAAGUGUAUGAUUGUUUUGUCACAAUUUUUUAAGCUGUUGUAAAUAGAACCUGCCAGUAUGUACUUAUAUUAUUAUAAUUAAUUAUAAAAGUAUUUUUAAUACUCGAAGAAUAAUGACUACUUAUGUAUUAUUUUCAUGAUCUUUAAAUGUAUUCUAUUGCCUAUACUAUUUACUUUUUUUACAAAUAUUUUUAUACAAAUUAAGUGGAACUAAAUAUAUGCACUGUAUUUUGGCAAA